AUGUUAUAUGAUGAUAGAAUGAUAAAUAUAUUAUAUGAUGAUAGAAUGAUAAAGAUGUUAUAUGAUGAUAGAAUGAUAAAUAUAUUAUAUGAUGAUAGAAUGAUAAAGAUGUUAUAUGAUGAUAGAAUGAUAAAGAUGUUAUAUGAUGAUAGAAUGAUAAAGAUGUUAUAUGAUGAUAGAAUGAUAAAGAUGUUAUAUGAUGAUAGAAUGAUAAAUAUAUUAUAUGAUGAUAGAAUGAUAAAUAUGUUAUAUGAUGAUAGAAUGAUAAAUAUGUUAUAUGAUGAUAGAAUGAUAAAGAUGUUGUAUAAUGAUAAAAUGAUAUGGUAUACUAAUAGAAUGAUAAAGAUAUUGUAUACAUAUAAUGAUAAAGAUCUUGUAUAA